GCCAGCGCGUCGCGUUCUGCAGCCGCAAGCAGCAUCAUGCAUGCAUGCCGCCACACUUUUUGGAGCUGUGGACUGGGAGGAGGAGGAGGUUCUGUAUUAAUAAUGCGGAGGAAGCAGGCAUCACAGCAGUUGCAGCAGCACUAGUGGCACAGCGGUCGCGGAACACACACACAGAGGCAGGGCACUCUUCACACUGGGAGAAGGUUGAUCGCGUCGUUGUGCGUCGCGCCGCGCCCGCGCGUACCCGGAGGGAGGCUUGUUUGAUUGACAGGUUGGAGGCACGGAGCGCCCCGGCGUUCGGCAGAUACGGACCGCAGAACGGUCUAUCAUCUCCACGGCUACUUCUGUACUUCUUCAUUUCCAGGCGGGCUAUAUCUGUGAUGUGAAAUACCUUUUCUGUCCCGUGCCCCCCUCCCCCCAUGCAGAUCACUCUGCAAAAUAGGGCAAGUAAAGGAAGCCGUUUGUACCACCAACCCCACCACCACCAGCACCACCGCCACCACCUCCUCCACCACCACCACUACCUCCACCCCACUCCCCCAGCUUCAGCACCGGAGAACUGUCGGCUCUUUCAGGCGCGGGGAUCCAGGACGUUUUGGCUUCGUGUUCGCCAGCAGUGGGGCACCCGGCUCCCGUUCGCCUUCUAGUCUGACCUGGGCAGAGUUGGGAAGUGAAAGCCUUUCGCUGUGCGUCUGUUGGGCUCAUAGGCUUUCGUAGAAAAAAGAAAAGGAAACGAAGCUUCGUUUCAUUUUGCGAUUGUUUUUUGUUGGUUUGGGAAUGCUCCGCUGGAUGAGGAGCCGCACCUGCUCUCCUGCUCUCCUGCUCGGGAUUCGUUCAGCUCGCUUUGGGUUCAUUUUAACUUUGAGAGUUGGAGGUGCAGCAUCAGAAUAACUAUUUGGCGAAUACUCUGUUUUUUCUUCAUUGGAAUAACGGAGCAGUAUCCCCAAGACACUCGGGGGGGAAGUAAGUAGUGUUAGUGCGUAACGGGAGCGGGCGGUGUGGCCCCUGUGAGCUUGAGAUGGCAGCGGGGCUCCGCGUAGAUCCUCAGCUCGGGUGAAGUUGAGUCUCCUGCCUCCGUACCCUUCUACAGAGCAACGUUUCGUUCUAUCCAUGGAGUUCAUUAAACGGAACAACUAGAAUAACCCAAAAAGGAACUAGCUUUGCGUUCUCUCUAGUACGCCUGGGAUAUCAGGCGGGUCUCGGUCUUGCGGUUCUCCGGAGAAUGGUAAAUGACACAUGGGGAAUCAUGAACAGCUCUUCAGAACUCGAAGAUGGACCUCGGCAUAAAAAUCAGCCGUUGUGUGAGUGUGUUCCCAGAGCCCCGCAGCUCAAACACCGCUGGUCAGACUCAGAACCUGCCAGAGAGCUUCCUUCCCCCUCCCAGAGAAUGAGCUGUAGCUACCUCCUCUGCACCAUCCUGCUCUUUGUGGCCGUCCUGCUGGCCGUCACCGUCACCGGCACCAUCCUCUUCAUGAACCACUACCAGGCCCCGUCCAUCUCCGACGGCCCGCCGCACAUCUCCACCAACCAGGACGAGGCCAACGCCCUUGUCACCGUGGAGAGGGGCGACGGCUCGCGCAUCAACAUCUUCAUCGACCCCAACUGUCCCGACUACAACGGCAACUUCCUGCGGCUGGAGGGCGUGCAGACCUCCCUACUGCACUCGCUGACCGACCACGACGCCGACCUCAAGUCGGUGAAGGGGCAGGACCGCGCCCUGCUGGUCAGCCUGGCCGAGGAGGUGGCCAAGCUGUCGGCCCACGCCGGCCAGCUCAAGAUGGACUAUGAGUCCCUCCGGCGGGGCCAGGGCAGCCUGGGCCAGGACCUGAACACGCUGCAGACGGAGCAGGGCCGCCUCAUACAGCUGCUGUCUGACAGCCAGAUCAACAUGGUGAAGGUGGUGAACUCGGUGAGCGACGCACUCAACGCCAUGCAGAAGGAGAACGUGGGGCUGAAGGCCCGUGUGAAGGCCGACCUGCAGCGGGCACCGGUCAGGGGGGUGCGCCUCAAAGGCUGCUCCAACGGCUCCCGCCCCAGGGACUGUGGGGACCUCUACGCCAGCGGCCAGAGGGAGGACGGCAUCUACUCCGUGUUCCCGGUGCACCACCCCGCAGGCUUCCAGGUCUACUGCGACAUGACCACGGACGGAGGCGGCUGGACGGUGAUCCAGCGCCGGGAGGAUGGCUCAGUGAACUUCUUCCGAGCCUGGGACUCCUACCGUGAGGGUUUCGGCAAGAUCACAGGGGAACACUGGCUCGGUCUGAAGCAGAUGCAUGCCCUCUCCAUUCAAGGCAACUACGAGCUCCGCAUCGACAUGGAGGACUUUGAGAACAGCACAGCGUUCGCCCAAUACGGCACCUUUGGAGUGGGCCUCUUCUCAGUCGACCCCGAUGAUGACGGCUACCCUCUGACCGUGGGGGACUACUCAGGCAACGCCGGCGACUCCCUGAUGAAGCACAACGGCAUGAAGUUCACCACGAAGGACCGGGACAACGACCAUUCGGAGAACAACUGCGCCUCCUUCUACCACGGCGCCUGGUGGUACCGCAACUGCCACACGUCCAACCUGAACGGGCAGUACCUGCGCGGCCAGCACACCUCCUACGCCGACGGUAUCGAGUGGUCCUCCUGGACGGGCUGGCAGUACUCCCUCAAGUCCUCCGAGAUGAAGAUCCGGCCCACCCGCGAGGCCGAGAGCAAAUGAGACCCGCGGAGAGACCGCCGACCCCCCCCCCCCCCCCCCCCCCCUCCCCCCUCAACAAACCACCCACCCACCCACCCACCACCCCACCCGAGGAAAACAUGACAAGGAGAAGACAAGGACGCAAACGCAAAAAACGCGACCAAUGACAGGUCUCGACACAGCUAGGACCGGGCCGUUUCUGAUUCAUCUGCUCUCGAACCGACCGUCCACACAUUCAGCGGCCUGUCUGCUCAUCGUCAGGUCGCACCUGUGUUUUUUUGUUUUUUUUGUUCUUUCUUUUGUAUCCACUACCUCUCAACCCCCCUACCGGGCUAAUUCUGAUAUCAUAUUGUAGAGUGUGUGCGUAUUAUUUGGAAAAAAAUGUCCUUAUUUUCCCUCUGUCACCCGCAUCGGACCGCCAUCACACUCCCUCAUGUUGCCAGUAAGCACUCGUUCCACAAAGGCUUAUGUAUAUACAUUUCCUUCUUUUUGUUCCCUCCCCGCCUGUCCAGACACGCUGCCUCUCCAUCAGCCCCCCCAUUCUCUCCCCGGAGUUCUGAAGUGUGUCUCAGAGUGUGCGAGGUGAUCUGAACUAGUGCUCAACCCGCUCCAAAAGAAACUCCCAAAGAAUGAGUCCUGUCCUAAUGAAUAGUCGCACUAUCAACCAUAGAAUUGGGCCCAAUACUGACCCUGUGAUUAAAUUGGCAUUCAGCGCCUGUUAGCUGGUAUCGACCAUCAACACUGUAGCGGGCGGAGGCCGUGCUAGUAGCGGCACGGGAUUGUUUGUGAUAAAGGAUAGUGGAUGGGAGAGAUAAAGGGAGUUCCAGAGCUCAAUAAACGUUGGGGGAGAGAACGCAGUGGUCAAAUAAAAAGGCGGGACAGGGGAGGGGGCGAAAAAAGGGAAAAAGGAGAUGACACUCAUGCAGGAGGCAGAUUGUGCGUGUCAGUGAGAGAGAGAGAGAGAGAGAGAGAGAGAGAGAGAGAGAGAGAGAGAGAGAGAGAGAGAGAGGGAGGGAUAACACAAUAGAGGAGAAAGCGAGCGUUGGAUCCCAACAUCUGACUGGGGCCAUUAGGGAGUAUUUGGGCACUUUGUCUCACGCCAGCUGAGCACCAGCCAACGGACGCGCCUCUCACAGAUUGUAGACUUAGUGUGUGUGCGUGUAUGUGUCUGUGUGUCUUUUUAAAUGUGAGUGUGUGCAAUUUUUUUUUGGUGUUUAAGUUAGUGUGUUUGUGUGUGCGUCUAAGAGUAUGUGUGUGUGUGUGUGUGUGUGUGUGUGUGUGUGUGUGUGUGUGUGUGUGUGUGUGUGUGUGUGUGUGUGUGUGUGUGUGUGUGUGUGUGUGUGUGUGUGUGUGUCUGUGUGUGUGUGUGUGUGUGUGUGUGUGUGUGUGUGUGUGUGUGUGUGUGUGUGUGUGUCAAUAUCCAAGGGCGAGAGAAGGAGUUUGUUUCUAAACGCUAUUAAUGUCCCUUCCCACCGAGUUAGCAGACCAACCUGGACCAUAUGUCUGAGCAGAACCAACAGAUUGAGUCAGUGGGUUUGGUAUUUUCUUUCUUAGCUUAUGAAGAGUGUGCAAUAAAUAUUUAUAUUUGAAUACAUAUUAAUAUUUGAGUGACAGAGGUAGACAUGAAAAGAGCAUCAACCAGGGUCAAAUACAUGGGGCAAUACAAUUAAAUGAUUACCAUUUUCUUUGAUAAAACAUUUAAAGCGAUUUAAAACAGUUAAACGGCUGCCACAUGCAAAUAAAAAGGUAUAUUAGUUGAAUUUAUUGAGGUUGCAUUGCCCUUUAAAGCACAGUUAGUUGAGUUGGAGUUGCAGUGAAGCAAAGGGUUUGUGAGUGCAGGUGGCGUUUGUUAGCUCUAUUGUACAGAUAUGCACACCUGGCCCUCGUUCCAGACCAUCAACGUCAAAUAACAAACCAACCAAACAUGUUUGUGGGGAAGUGGUGGUUAAGGUUACAUUUGGAAGGGAAAUGUCCUCAUGGAAAUGUCAUCGUCCAAUCCUGUUAAAGCCGGUGCGCGCUGAUUUCAGUUAUUUCUGUUAGGCGAAGCACAAUUUUAUGUUGUCAUCCUCACCAACGCAUACGUACGUUGCUGUAAAAUAAGGUUUGACUCGUUUCGAGCCACUGUCAAAAAAUGAACAAGUGAAAAAUUGUUAAAAAAAAAAGUGUGUACAGUAUAUGGAGAGAACUAAAAAACGUGGAUGAAAAUAGUGGAAUACUAAAUAUUUUUUUAGUUGUUCGACCAACUGUGUAUUUCUUCUUUUUUGAAUUUGUCAGUGUCAUCAAGGGAUUCUUUAGAUGUACUGGAAGCUUUAAAAAAAAAUAGAUAAUUCUGUAGAUUUUAUUGUACAGCGUGUUUGACUUUAGAGCAUGUUAAGCCCUUCCCAUACGCCGAGCUGACCGCAGGUCCAAACUCGAGCGGGCACAGACUUUACACAGCCACUGGCGGUUACCAUGGAGAUAGAUGUGUUUACGUUGAAGCGUGAACUGUCCCUCUUUCUCCUUCCCUGCCCGGCUGGGGGACAAUAUGUGGACGAUAAGAGAGAGUUUGGCGAAGAAAGGCAAACAGGAAUAGAGGAGAGAGAAGAGAGUGAAUAGAGCACAAACACAAACCGAGAGCACACCGGCGAUUGAGACAGCACAAUAAACUUGAAGGGUUUCCAACUGCUGGUCCAAAUACGGGACGUAUGGGAACAGCCGGCGGCACCAGGAGACGUUUUGGAUGUAUGCUUAAGGGGAGCAGGGGGGGGGGUCUUGCUCACGAAGCACAGAGCGAAUUCUUUGCGGAUCUGUGAACUCCAACCCCUCUCCCUGCAGCAGGGCAGCACACACAAACACACAAAACAAAGACACUCACACACGCAUGCACACACACACAUAAAAAAAACACACACAUCCAGUCCACCCAUGCACACACACGACACACAUAUAAACAAACACAAAAACACAUACAUGCUCACACGCAUGCACACACAGACAAACACACAAAAACACAUACACGCACAGGCAAGCACGCGUGUGCAUUGCACACACACACGAUCAUAACACAUCCACACACACAAUCACGACACACACCUAUGGAUUACGACAACAUUGGGCCGGGUUCUGAAAGAGGAUCCAGACUGGCUGUGGACGUCAGAGUGGGGGACUUGGACGGACUGGGAUCCUUCUAGCGUGGCCCGCUACUGUCACCGUCCCCCUACAUCAAAGCCUGCCAAGUCACAGAGUGUUAGGAAUCCUGGCAUCACCCUCGCGUGGCGCAGAGCGGAAAAAAGAGAGAGUGGAGCGGUGAAGCGCAGCAGCCGCAGCAGAUGCUAUGAAUACGGGGGGAAAUAUUGAAAUGCGAGCACAAUAAAUGUUUAUAGUGCAACACAGCACCGGGGCGGUGGGGCGGGGGCGGCCACGGGGCCAGAGGGCCGGGGGGCUCGGGUUUGCCGUGUGGACGCACUCAUGGUACGGGACGCGUGCGUCUUACGUGUUAACGUGAGCAUACGCAUGUUGUCGACAGAACAUGCACGCUCCAUGGAUGCCGUGUCCCCCCCCCCCCCCCCCGCCCAUUUGUAUGAGCUGACGGGGAACGCGUUCCUCUCUGUGUGGGGGAAUUUUUUAAAAAGGUAUUGUGAUGCUUGUGUACAUUUCCCCCCCCCCCUGCUGUUUGGGUUGACGGUGGCGGCGAUGACGAGCAAGUCCAAUGGUAAUAAUUGUUAAACAAGCUUUGAAUUUAUGUAAUCGUGAAUCCAAACGGGGGUUGGAUCGACAAUUCUCGGUUCCAUGUUGACCUACCCUCAUACCCGGCAAAGACAAAAUAUUAGCCCUCCCGACCACCCCUAUCACCCCAUUCCCCCAAUCACCCCCACCCAUCUCUCUGCUCCUCCACGUUCCACACAGCAUUCCCCCGUAAAUGUAGAUGCUCUCUGCCGCCCUUCCAGUCCUCAGACGUGCUGGUGGUUUGGUGAUGCCUGUUGUUUUGUUAAUGUUUUUCCAUCUGCUUACCAACACUGUCCACCCUCUCCUGCUCUGAGUGCAGUGGGGAUGGUGGACACAGGUGGGAUCAGACCCACCCCUGAUCCCCCUGGCGGUGGCUCUCUUGAAGGGGACCCCUGGACCCCCUGUCUCUUCCUCAAUUGCCACACGCCUAAAAAUCUGCUCCAUGCUUCGCAGUACCCAAUGCCUUGCUGUCUGCGUUUUCUCUGUCUCACGGUGUUUCUCUCUCCUGUCUCUUGUCUCUUCUUCAAUUCCCCUUUUCCUUCCCUCCCUCUCUUCCUAUCUCUUCCUCUUCCCCGCUCUCUCUCUCUCUCUCUCUCUCUCUCUCUCGCUCUCUCUCUCUCUCUCUCUCGCUCUCUCUCUCUCUCUCUCUCUCUCUCUCUCUCUCUCUCUCUCUCUCUCUCUCUCUCUCUCUCUCUCUCUCUCUCUCUCUCUCUCUCUCUUUCUGUCUCCUUAUUCCUCUGCCUACACAGCUCUGCUUCACUACCUGUCCUGACUUCUCCUCCCCCUACUCCUCCCUCUCCUUCCCCUCUGCCUCCUCUUCUCCUCCACUUCCCCCUCCUCAUUUUCUCCUCCUCCGCCUCCUCCUCCCCCUUCACUCCUCCUCCUUUCCUCCUCCUCCUCCCUUCUUUUUCACCUCACACCGCCUCUCCACACCUCCUUCCCUCCUUUAGCGUUUCUGCUAGCACAGUGCUAACAGAUUUUGAUUUCAUGUUUUAGUUUUUAUUUCUUCUCUCUGUGAAGUACUGUAGAUUGUUUUGCUGAAUCUUGAUACUGUGUUUUAAUGUUCUUGUCAACAUUUAAUAAACAUUCACAUUUUAUAAAUGGCAA